AUGUCUUCUCAAUAUGUGUCGCUCGCCAUCGGUGCUCAUACCUGGACGCCCGACAACAUUACAGAGGUUGAGGGUCUGUUGCAGGUUAUGCGCAGCCAUGGAAUCAAGAUCAUUGACACUGCUAGAAGCUAUGGCCUCGGCGCAUCGGAGACCACUAUCGGUCUCAAGAAGUUGGCUGGCGAAUUCGCCAUCGACACAAAGGCAGCCACGGGAAUAGCACCUGGUGCAGGGCAAAAGAUUUUGGAAUUCGCCAAAGAGAGCUUAGAAGCACUCCAAACUAACAAGGUCCGAGUUUUCUUUAUACAUGCCCCAGAUGAAGACACGCCCGUGGGUGUACAAAUGGAAGCCAUCCAAACGCUGUACAAGCAAGGGGCUUUUGAAACGUUUGGAGUGUCCAAUUUCACUCCAGAGCAGGUGAUUGAGUUCUACAACUACGCCAAAUCCAAGGAUUAUGUUCUUCCUACAGUAUAUCAGUCUAGCUAUUCGCUGGCUGUUCGUCAGAACGAAACAAGACUGUUCCCAACUCUCCGCAAACUUGGCAUCUCAAUCCAAGCUUACUCACCAAUGGCGGGAGGCUUGUUAUCAAAGACUCCAGAGUACAUUGAAGCCGGAAAGGGGAACUGGGAUCCCAAUAGCAUCACUGGCAAGAUCUUUCGUGACCUUUACUAUAAACCAUCUUAUUUGAAGAUGUUGGAAGAAUUCGGGAAGCUAUCUGCGGAAACUGGUAUCAGUCGAUCGGGUUUAGCUUAUCGUUGGGUGAGAUAUCAUUCAGCGCUCAAGCCAGAGCUUGGAGAUCAGAUGAUUCUGGGCUCCGUGAAUGCUCAGCAAUUGGAGGAGGCUCUGGGCGAGCUUAAUAAAGGCCCUCUUGAGGCAGCAACGGUUGAAAAGCUGGAAAGCCUGUGGCAGCUUAUCAAAGAUGAUGCGCCAAUUGACAAUCUCGUCUCCGUCCGCAAGGUUGUUCGGGGAUCUGCAUAG